AUGAGAUGUGUUAAAUGUGCUGGUGAACACUGGACCAACAAAUGCACUAAAGCCAAAGAAAUCCCGGCUAAAUGUUUCAACUGUGGAGAAAAUCAUCCAGCGAACUACCGUGGAUGCAUUGUGAUUAAGGAACUGCAAGCCAUCAGACAUAAGAAAACAGUAAAUUCAAAUAAAAUAAAGCCAGGCGCCUCGUAUGCCGAAAAAGCAAGUGGUGAAACUACAGAGAAAACUGUAAGUACAUUAACCGAUAAGAAAGCAAUUGUNAGAUUCCUACGCGCUAGAAAAUUUGAUAGCAAAAAAGCAUUCCAAAUGAUCCAAAGGUACUAUUUAAUGAAACUAAAAUGUCCCGAAUUAUUUCGAUGUCCUCUUCCGUCCGAAUGCGAAAACGUAUUCGACCUUCAAGCGCAAUUUAUGUUACCGAAUCGUGAUCAACUCGGCCGAAGAAUUUACAUAAUACGAGUGGACAAUUUCGAUGCAUCAAAAGCAUCCAUCGACGAAAUUUUCCGCGCCAAUGUUUUAGCAUUGGAACAAGUCGUCAAAGAGGAACAGACACAAAUUUGCGGUAUCGUUGUCGUAUUGGAUAUGGCCGGAUUAAGUUUGAAUCACGCCAAAUUUUUUACACCGUAUUAUGCAAAAAAAACCGUUGAAUUAGUUCAAGAAACAUUUCCAUUACGAUUUAAAGGAUUUCACAUUGUUAAUGAACCGUUUUAUUUCGACGCUGUCAUGGCUGUGAUUAAACCGUUUUUAAAAGAAAAAAUGAAAAAAAGGGUAAUUAUUAAAAUAUAG